CUGCCUUUUUGGAUGGAGCAAUAGCCAGCGGCAGGUCCCUUCCCCGAGGCUGCAAUGCAAAAACUGCAGGGUGGAGUUCAGGAGCUGAAGCCGAAGAUAAAAAUGGAGAAGCACAGUUCGGCAGGACCCAAAACCAGUGAAGGAUUGGAGGUGGGAGGAAGGGAGCCUCACGUCGUCCAAGUUGGGACCAUCCGUGAGUUUCUGGCGGGGUCAGCGCCAACACAAAUCAAGCAGGAGCCUGAGGAGGGGCUGCAGCAGCGCUGGGAAACCCAGUGGCAGGAGUUCCUGAAGACGGUGGAGUCCCCUCACUCGGGAUGGAGGCACCUCAAGCUACCUGAGCCCAUGUCAGAAGAGGAGACCAAGCAAUUUCAGGCCUCCCUCAAGGAAAUAGCCGGCGCCAGUCAAUGGUCCAGGGGCGAGUGGGUGACCCAGACCGUGCCAGGCCUCAGAGGGGCUCAUAAGCCUAAUGGAGGACUGGACCCUCCUGUAAAGGUGAAGGAAGAGAUUGUGAGCGAGAUCGCCCUUACUUCGGAGAUGCGACGCCAGCGCUUCCGGCACUUCUGCUACGAGGAGGCCGAGGGCCCGCGGAAAGUUUGUAAGCAGCUCUGGGAGCUUGGCCAUCAGUGGCUGAGGCCGGAAAGGCGCACCAAGGACCAGAUCCUGGAGGUGCUGAUCCUGGAACAGUUCCUGACCAUCCUGCCUUGGGAAAUGCAGUGCUGGGUGAGGGAAAAUGGACCUGAGACCUGUGCCCAGGCGGUGGCCCUGGCUGAGGAUUUCCUCAUGAGGCUUCAGGAGCCUGAGCAAUGGGAGAGAAAGGGAGUUUUUGAAAUAGGGGAGUUUUCCAGAUUCAUGAUCCUCUACGGAGCUGAUGAAGCACAGGAGAGCGAUGUGGAGACCUUUCAGCUGGGGAAGCCCGAGGAAAUGACUGUAUGUGAAAUAUCACUGGACGGGGCCAAAGGGGAAUUCUUCCAGGAGACCGAGAUGCCAGGAAGCCCCCCAGGUCCCGGAAGUCACUGGGAAAACGAUCCCGAGAAGCCUUCCGGAUUUCUCUGUGAGGAAGGUGAUUUGGGCUUACGAGAAGGCAUCUUCCAAGAUGAAAUCCUCAAGUGCAAGAUCAAGAAGGAACAGAUUGAAGAUGAGGGCUUCGACCUCCUGCAGAGUCAGACCGUGCAAAUGACCGUCAAACCUUACCAAUGCCUCUACUGUGGGAAGACCUCCAACUGCAAAGCAAACCUCGUCGUCCAUGAGAGAACCCACACUGGGGAGAAACCCUACGCCUGCUUAGACUGCGGCAAGAGCUUCAACCGGAAGUCGACCCUCGUCCGGCACAAGCGGAUGCACACGGGAGAGAAGCCAUAUGAAUGCGCCGAGUGCGGGCGUUGCUUCAGCAUCCGGUGUAACCUCAUCAACCACGAGAGAAUCCACACGGGCGAAAAGCCGUACAGCUGUACUGACUGUGGGCAGAGCUUUAGCCGGAGGUUGCAGCUGGUGAUACACAGGAGGACCCACACGGGAGAGACCCCUUACCGAUGCGCCCAGUGUGGGAAAUGCUUCACCCGUCGCUCGUCCCUCUUGACGCACGAACGGAUCCACACGGGGGAGAAACCAAACACGUGCACGGAUUGCGGGAAGAGCUUCAUCCAGAAAGGCUACCUUCUGAUACACCGGAGAAUUCAUACUGGCGAGAGACCGUAUAAAUGCACGGCGUGCGAGCAAAGGUUCCUGAACCGGAGUGAUCUCCGUAGACAUGAGAAGAUCCAUGCAGUAGCGAAUCAGUGAGAACACCACGAUGAGAAAAGAGGCUGUGGCGUUGAGCAGAGAGCUGCCUUAUUCAGAGCAAAACCACUGAAUCCAAGCACUUGGGCAAUGAGUCUUUCCCAGUGCCUGAAAGAC